AUGAACCGCUCUACAUCUAUAGCCUCAGCCCUCGCAACCGCCAUCUCCGACCCUAUCCCCUUCUUCUCAUUCUCGUCAACACCCGACUCCGAUCGGAAAUCCCAAAAUGCAACACCUACAGGGUUGGUGGAGGUCAGCAGCGCCGCUACGGGGCGCGAGAGGGAGGUGGAGUUGGAGAAGUUGGAGAGGGUGCCGAAGUUUCAGCCCCUCCUACCUUCCUCGUUAUCGCCUCAGGGAUUCAGCUGGGGCGGGCUGUUUACGUCGAAUGCCGGGGUGAGGGGUGAUGAGUUGCCAUUCGCGCUGAACCCGGAACCAACGAUCCAACUGUGGACGAAAUGCCGCACGCACAUCCGCAGUUGCACUGAGGACGUCGUGAAAGACCAGAAACACCUGUCGGCGAAGAUGACGGAUAUGGAGGAGUAUUGUACGAAAUUGGCAAACACGGUCGCGAAUCGGUGUUAUGAUGCGAAAGUGCAUGGGGAAAAAUUGGCGGCGUUACUGCCGAUUCAGAAACAGGCAGAACGGACAGCCACGACCCUAGACGACUUGCUGAUCUCGUUAGAGAAGCUCGAACCACUACUACCGCCGAAGGAGCAGAUGAGUGACCCGGAGAUGGAGAAGCGGUAUCCGGCGUUGAGUAAACUGCUGGCGAAUCGGAGGAUGGAGGGAUGA